GCGACGGGCAGCCGAGGACGGGAGUCCGCGGCGCCGGUGCCCCGCAGCGAGGCGGGUGGGCGCCGCGCUAGCCUCUCUCCAGCGUCGGGACCGAGCUGCCGUCCGGGCAGCAGCGGGGUUCGGUCGCCGUCCCUGGCGGAGCAGGGCUGCCCGCCGGUCCCGUGCCUGAGCACGGGCCGGCGCCCCGCGGGGUUGCCGGGGCCGAGACAGCGCCGGGUUCCCGGGGCGGGUUUUAAAGGUGCAGUAUCAUGGUUAUGAAAGCUUCAGUAGAAGAUGAUGAUUCAGGAUGGGAACUUGGUAUGCCUGACAAGAUGGAAAAGAGUCAUACAAGCUGGAUAGAUAUAACCCAGGAUUUUGAAGAGGCUUGUAGAGAACUGAAGUUGGGAGAACUGCUUCAUGACAAGCUUUUUGGUCUUUUUGAAGCCAUGUCUGCCAUUGAAAUGAUGGAUCCCAAGAUGGAUGCUGGUAUGAUUGGAAACCAAGUUAACAGAAAGGUUCUUAACUUUGAGCAAGCUAUUAAGGAUGGCACCAUAAAAAUAAAGGAUCUCACUUCACCUGAGCUGGUAGGAAUAAUGGAUACAUGUUUUUGUUGUUUGAUUACAUGGUUAGAAGGACAUUCCUUGGCACAGACUGUAUUCACGUGCCUUUACAUUCAUAAUCCAGACUUCAUAGAAGAUCCUGCCAUGAAGGCUUUUGCACUAGGGAUCCUAAAAAUCUGUGAUAUUGCCAGAGAAAAAGUUAACAAAGCAGCUGUUUUUGAGGAGGAAGAUUUUCAGUCAAUGACUUACGGAUUUAAAAUGGCCAACACUGUGACAGAUCUUAGAGUUACAGGUAUGCUAAAAGAUGUAGAAGAUGACAUGCAAAGACGAGUGAAGAGUACUCGAAGUCGACAAGGAGAGGAGAGAGAUCCAGAAGUUGAACUUGAACACCAACAGUGUUUAGCUGUGUUCAGCAGAGUCAAGUUUACCCGGGUACUACUGACUGUUCUAAUAGCCUUUACCAAAAAAGAGACGAGUGCAGUUGCAGAAGCUCAGAAACUAAUGACUCAGGCAUCUGACUUGCUUUCUGCUAUCCACAAUUCACUGCAUCAUGGUAUACAGGCACAGAAUGAUACCACUAAAGGAGAUCAUCCUAUUAUGAUGGGCUUUGAGCCCCUUGUUAAUCAGAGAUUGCUGCCACCAACUUUCCCUCGAUAUGCAAAAAUAAUAAAAAGGGAAGAAAUGGUCAAUUAUUUUUCCAAACUAAUAGACCGAAUAAAAACUGUGUGUGAAGUAGUCAACUUAACUAAUUUGCACUGUAUACUGGAUUUUUUCUGUGAGUUUAGCGAACAGUCACCAUGUGUUCUUUCAAGAUCCCUGUUACAGACAACUUUUCUGGUAGAUAACAAGAAGGUAUUUGGCACUCACCUCAUGCAAGACAUGGUAAAAGAUGCUUUAAGGUCUUUUGUCAGUCCUCCAGUACUUUCUCCAAAGUGUUGUCUCUAUAAUAAUCAUCAGGCGAAAGACUACAUUGAUUCCUUUGUGACACAUUGCGUUCGGCCAUUCUGUAGUCUAAUUCAAAUCCAUGGACACAAUAGAGCUCGUCAGAGAGAUAAACUGGGUCACAUUCUUGAAGAAUUUGCCACCCUCCAGGAUGAGGCAGAGAAAGUAGAUGCAGCACUUCAUAGUAUGUUACUGAAGCAGGAACCACAAAGGCAACAUUUGGCUUGCUUGGGCACCUGGGUCCUAUAUCAUAACCUUCGUAUUAUGAUACAGUAUCUUCUGAGUGGCUUUGAGUUGGAACUUUACAGUAUGCAUGAAUAUUACUACAUAUAUUGGUAUCUGUCAGAGUUCCUCUAUGCCUGGCUGAUGUCAACACUGAGCCGUGCUGACAGCUCUCAAAUGGCGGAAGAGAGAAUAAUGGAGGAACAACAGAAGGGACGUAGUAGUAAGAAAACAAAGAAAAAGAAAAAAGUUCGCCCUCUCAGCAGAGAGAUCACCAUGAGUCAAGCAUACCAAAAUAUGUGUGCUGGCAUGUACAAGACAAUGAUUGCAUUUGACAUGGAUGGCAAAGUAAGAAAACCUAAGUUUGAACUGGAUAGUGAACAAGUUAGAUAUGAGCACAGGUUUGCUCCAUUCAACAGUGUUAUCACACCACCCCCAGUGCACUACUUGCAGUUUAAAGAAAUGUCUGAUUUAAAUAAGUACAGCCCACCUCCUCAGUCAUCAGAUCUCUACAUGGCAGCUAGCAAACACUUCCAGCAAGCUAAAAUGAUUCUUGAGAAUAUUCCUAAUCCAGACUAUGAGGUCAGUCGAAUUCUAAAAGUUGCUAAACCCAAUAUUGUGGUCAUGAAGCUGCUGGCAGGCGGCCACAAAAAAGACUCUAAGGUUCCUCCAGAAUUUGACUUCUCCCCUCAUAAAUAUUUUCCAGUUGUGAAGCUUGUUUGAAAGACGAGAGAUUGUUAGGAUUCCUGAAGCAUAAUAUAUGCAUCAGAUACCAGCUGUAGGAUUGAAUAUCUAGUGCUAUACCCAGACUGAGAGGGAUCUCCAGGAUAAAAGUACUGUUAUAUGGAAUAUCUAUAGUCUGCUGCUUUUACAUCAUCUGAAUGGUAAUUGCUGUUUCAAAUGGUUUGUAUAAAAUCUUACGGGUGAAGCCAAUUUUAAUGAACUGUAUUGUUGGAGACUGUUCUAAUUUUAUGAAUGAGCUCUGCCAGAAUAUGGUAGUUUAGGGACUUAGUAAUUCGUUGAGGACUGCAUAAAAAUAAUGCCUCAUGUUUGACAGGCACAGCUGAGCUUCUGAAAUUCUACCUUGAACAAAGCCACUUGGAGAGAUUGUGAAUUUCACUAUUUUUGCCUAAAUUGCAUCAAAUUUGCUUGUUACAAGUAGAGAGACUGGGUUCUUUUCUUGUCAAGUCCUGUAAGCUAAAACAAUCUUUGUAGAAAUCAAGAGCAGAUGAAAACUAGUUAGUUAGCUCCUCUUACUGCACUGAAUGAAGUGAUUUUUGUUUUACUGAAGUCAGUUGUCUAGGAGUAUUCUGUCUCAAAUAUAGAAUAAGUACUUGAAGACAGUGGGAAAGGGACUGUUAUUUCUAGCUGUCGUCUUCAUUCUUCAUGGUACUGGAGAAUCUGCAUAGCUGUCACACUGUUAAGUCACUAGCAACACAGGAACGCAGCACACUAGGAGUGUAUUUUAACUGCUCUGCAACUUUAUUUCAAUCCUGUUGUUACUGUACCAGUGCAACCAAGGGAUUGCUAUUUAUUCCAUUGCUCAGUCAGCUCUUGGGUGACCCUUCAUUCUCUUGUUUUGACUGCAAUGCUGCUGCUGGAUCCUACCACCUUCUCUAAUGAUUGAUACAGGUAAAAGUCCUGAACAGGAGCAGUCCCAAACCUACCUUUUCCUUCUUGGAACAGUUCUUCCUCCUGUGCUUCCAGAUGUGAAAUAAGAGAUAAGCUGUUGUUGAGCAACCUUCUGCUACAAGAGGGGGAAAAAAAAAGUAUAAAAAGCUGUGUUGCUCUUUGAUAAACCAUACUGCCAAGUCGUUACCUGGGCCAUACAAGCAAAUCUUCCAGGUCUGACCAUGUUGGAUGGACAGUUCUUCAUUUUGGUGCAGAAUGUCUUCCUCUAUAGCGAUGAGCUUGUAGCUCCUUCCUGACCAUGCAAGACAUUUGUGUUUCUCCUAACACAGUUGUGCUGUGGAAUAAUACCACUUGAGCUCCAUCACCUAAGCAGCAGCACUGCUGAGCUAGAGCUGGAAAAAAAAGAAACUGUGAAGUGCAACACCCACUUUCUGCCAGCGAUUUGUAGCUUCUUGAAAUAAGGAGAAGUACUGCCCUGAAGACAUGCUUUUCCUAAUUUCUCUGCUAAGGAAGUUGCAUACCAUUUUAUGUUUGCUUGUCGUCACGGUAAAUAUACUUGAAUGCUUCUGUGUUGUUGCCACAGGAUUGAAAAUUUUGGAAAACAUAGUUGUAAAGUUGGGAAACUGUUUCUAGUGCAGGGCACUGAAAAUUCAUCUGGCUUUUGCUGCCUUCUUGUGAACAAUCACAAAAAUCUUCCCUGUCUUAAAAAUCUUGAACUACAUGACAGCAGCUCAAGGACAGCCUUUGGUAUUUCUCCAAAGGAAGCUGCAAAUGAAAAGAGAAACCAAGUUCCACAUAAUGCAUAGAACUUAAGAAAACAGGAAUGAUCAUCUUUUCUAUUAAUAUUAGACAUGGAUGAACUGUACAGAACAAGGUGAAUACACCUUAUUAGAGAAGUAUUAAUAGAAUACAUUCUUAUUAGAGAAGACAUUUUUAUUUUAAAAUGCUUAUCAAAAAUGGAUCAGGUGUAAGUUUUUUUUAAAAAAAGAUCAAUCAAGGACAAGUGUUAACCCCGAGAUGAUUACAGCAAAGCUUUCCCUGCCUCACACGACUAAAAAAUUUAGUGAUAGAGAAGACUAUGUAAACCACAGUUCAGAAUGAAUCUCUUGGUUUUUUCCAACUAGAAGUCCUUUAAUUUUAAAAUUCUAUACAUUAGACAUACAGGCCCCUUGUCUACCUGAAAUCUACCACCCUAGUUAGAUUCCGGUAGCACUUGAAGCAAUUGAGAAUAAGAUUGUAUUCCUUUAUGCUUUUGAACAUUGCUCUUACACAGGUUUUCAGAUCCCCUACUGUCAGAGAAGAAACAAGUGUGGUUUGUACAAAGGUGGUCUUGUUCAUGGAGCAGACAAUAUGUAGCUGGUUAGCGAGAAGCCCAGUCUGGUUUGGGUAGCCAAAACAAUUCCUUUUAAAUGAUGUACUGGCAAUACAUUGAUUACCUUAAGGAUUUUGUUCGUUUGGGAUUUUACCAGCAUCAAGUUGAAUACUGUGUUUCACUGUACAUUUUAUACUGUUAGAAUAUAUACGCUCUUUAACAAUCACUGUUAAAUUCCUGAUUAACAUCAGCUCAGCUAUGUAAUUGUUUACAGAUUAAGUCCUACGAAAAUGCCACUUUUAUGGAGAAUAUGA